GUCAGUUUUUUAGAGGAGCAUGCUCCUCUAAGAGGAUACUCGAUCGUAUCCCCUCUAAAUUUUUGGAGAUCAGUUAGAGAUGCUCCCAGUCCAGUCCAAUUAUACAGACACUGGAAAACGGAGACAGAGGAUUUGCGACCGUCCAAAAGUCCGUCACCGGUCAAACCAAGCUGCUGCUGUUUCCUUUGAGAAUUAAAUGCAGCCAUGGUAGAUUUACGGUGAGAGUUCCACGAGAUCCAUAUCCAUAGUACAAAGUAGACAUCACGAAUCUGGUCAAGGUUCAAGCCUGAUUUAGUUGACUACAAGCUACGAAAAUUGGGUGGUUUCAGCGUAGCCACCGGCUAGUGUACAAGGCAGUACUCUUCAGGACAAAGGCUAUAUAUUAGGAUGUCAGUGGAAGCAAUCAAGGAAAUAUCUUACCCUGCGAUCCUUAUCAGAAUUCAGAACCAGCUCAGGAGUGUGUACAGACAUGGCUACCUCCAGACUCCACAUCGCCUGCGCUCUCCUCCUCGCUGGUGUUGUGCUUCUGGGGCAAAAUCAAGAGGGCAUGGAAGCCGUGGCUUGCCCUCAGUACUGCCUGGAGGUCGACUACAUAACCUGCCCGUCCUCCGGCUCACAGAAGCUCCCGGCGAGGUGCAACUGCUGCAUGGCUCCCAAAGGCUGCACGCUUCAUCUCUCCGACGGGAUCAACCAAACUUGCUCUUAACCCAGUUCAGAGUUCAGACAGUGAUGUAACUUCAUGUCUUCAUGUAUGGUGUGGCGGUAGACAGUGUACUUGUCAUUUGUCAAGGCAGUAAUAAUCUGACAAAGCUGCAAGUUUUGCGGAUAAAGCAUGUCAUAUACUAUGAUACACGUUAUCGAUGAGUACGCACAUAUAAGCAGCUUCAAAGAGCCCUAAAA